AUGGGCAUGGCUAGCGCUGCUCCUGAGGCAGCGGCAGCCGUAGGCUCCAAGCUGUACAACCACAAGGCGAUAGAGGCGCGCUGGCAGCAGCACUGGGAGGAGAAGGGCACGUUCAAGACGCCCGAGAGGACGGAGGGCAGGCCGAAGAAAUUCGUGCUGGACAUGUUCCCGUAUCCGUCUGGCUCCGGCCUGCAUGUUGGCCACCCCGAGGGAUACACCGCGUCUGACGUCAUGGCCAGGUACUGGCGAAUGAAAGGGUUCGACGUCCUCCACCCCAUGGGCUGGGACUCGUUCGGACUGCCGGCGGAGCAGCACGCCAUCUUGACCGGGACGCACCCCAAGGUGACGACCUACACCAACAUCGACACCUUCCGGAGGCAGCUCAAGAUGCUUGGGUUCAGCUACGACUGGGACAGGGAACUGGCGACCACGGACAAGGACUACGUUAAGUGGACGCAGUGGAUAUUUCUGGAGCUGUUUAAGGCGGGACUGGCAGAGCAGAGCGAAGCCCGCGUUAACUGGUGCCCGGCGCUUGGGACCGUGCUCGCCAAUGAGGAGAUCAUCGAUGGGAAGUCGGAGCGGGGCGACCACCCCGUCGUCCGCACGCCUCUCCGCCAAUGGGCACUCAAGAUAACCAAAUACGCCGACCAGCUGGAGGCCGGUUUGGAGGGGCUCAACUGGCCCGACGGGACCCUGACUGCGCAGAAGCAGUGGAUCGGACGGAGCGAGGGUGCAAGCAUCACCUUCGACCUCGAGGGCACCGGGGAAUCCAUGGAAGUGUUCACCACUCGCCCGGACACGCUGAUGGGGGUGACCUACCUCGUGCUGGCGCCGGAGCACCCCUUGACCCUGGAGGUGGCCACGCAAGAGCGACGUGCGGCCGUGGAGGAAUACGUGACGGCCAGCGCCAGCAGGAGCGACUUGGACCGCACCUCCAUGGGCAAGGGCAAGAAGAAGACAGGCACGGACACGGGCGCCCUGGCGGUCCACCCCAUCACGGGAGAGAAGGUGCCCGUGUGGACGGCCGACUACGUCCUGGGGAGCUACGGGACGGGGGCGGUGAUGGCGGUGCCGGCGCAUGAUGAGCGGGACCUGGCGUUUGCCCGUACGUUCGAGCUGCCGGUACGGCGGGUAGUCAAGCCUUCCGGGGGGAAGGGCAAAGGAAAGGGCAAGAAGGGGGCGGCGAAGGAGGAGGAGGAGGAGGGGGCGGGGGAAGGGGAGGUGGUGGAAGCCUUUACCGGGAGGGGUGUUGCUAUCAACAGCGGCGAGGGGUUCGAUGGUCUCUCCACAGAGGAGUGCGCCGAGGCUGUGGUGAGUCAGCUGGAGUCGCAGCAGCACGGUCGAAAGGAGAUCAACUACCGCCUCAGGGACUGGAUCUUCAGCCGACAGCGAUACUGGGGCGAGCCUAUCCCCAUCUACUUCCCGGUGGAGAUGGUAGACCCAGAGGGGGACCCAAGGAGAGGGGAUGAUCACAAGAUCUGCUACGACCAGCCGAUGCCCGUGGACGUUUCCGAGCUACCCCUUACGCUACCCGAAAUGGAGAGCUUCGAGCCGGGAGAUGACCCGCAGGGGUGCUUGACGAGGGCCCCGGACUGGCGGUUUUUCCAGCGAGACGGCAAGUGGUUCGCCCGUGAGACCAACACCAUGCCUCAGUGGGCGGGGUCGUGCUGGUACUACCUCCGAUUUACGGACACCAAGAACGCCGAUGCCGGAUGGAGCAAGAAGGCGGACAAGGACUGGAUGCCCGUAGACCUGUACGUCGGGGGCCAGGAGCACGCUGUCCUACACCUCCUUUAUGCCAGAUUCUGGCACAAGGUUUUGCAUGACCUUGGUCACGUCAAGGACCCUGAGCCGUUCCAGCGCUUGGUGCACCAGGGUAUGAUUCUCGGCACCGAUGGGGAGAAGAUGAGCAAGUCGAGGGGAAACGUUAUUAACCCGGACGACAUCGUCGACUCGGACGGGGCGGACGCCUUGAGGCUGUACGAGAUGUUCAUGGGGCCCCUCGAGGCCACCAAGCCGUGGCAAACCGAGCAGGUUGCAGGAGUUACGCGCUUCCGAGACCGCGUGUACCAGUUGGCAAGGAGAGGGGCGGAGGACGUUGAGUUAGCACCGGAGACCCUAACCAUCUUGCACAAGACAAUGAAGAAGGUAUCGGAAGACAUCGACGAGCUAGCGUUCAACACGGCCAUCUCGGCCCUGAUGGUGCUCACGAACCACCUCAUGACGUUCGAGAAGCCUCCGAGAGAGGCGCUAGAGGCGUUGGUGCGCAUGGUGUCGCCGUUCGCGCCGCACCUUGGAGAGGAGUGCUGGGACCUGCUGGGCAACAACAAGGGGAACGGGAUUGCCUUUGCGCCCUGGGUAGAGUGGAAGGAGGAGCUGUGCGUGUCGGACUCGGUCACGCUCGGAGUGCAGGUGAACGGGAAGGUGCGCACGGAGCUGGAGCUAAGCAAAACGGCGUCGAGCGAUGACGCCCGUGCCCUUGCGGAGGUUCUCCCGCAGGUGGUGAAGUUUACCGAGGGGAAGGAAGUGAAGAAGUUCAUCUACGUCCCGGGUCGCAUCAUUAGCUUCGUCGUCAAGUAGACUCUAUUUUGGAUGGUGUGGUUUGAGUGCUUGUAUCGUUUAUUCUGGACUUGAGUUGCAGCGUCUUUCGGUAUGGUUUUCCGGACGCAUCGGGCGGGGUCACACAAGAGAAAGGCCACCCAGCUGGUAAGUGUUCGUUUCAUUUAGUGUAAACUACUCUUCUUAUCGUGUAGAGGUUCAUCCGGUAAUAACAAGGUACCCAACCAAGCAUUUUAGGUAGGUAACAGUUACAGUUACACACGGAUUGGCUUCCCUUGGUGGAAGAUCACCCCCCCCCUUUGCCGUUUUCAGCGUAGGCCAACCUAGCAGCCUUGAAUGAACACUGUGUACAAUUUUCUCGCGCUGUUUCUUGGUGGUGCUGCCCCUCUUAGAUUUUUUUUUUUCGCGAUUGUUGCGCGUUGGGCGUCCAGGCUCGGCUUGAGAGCGACGUGACGGAAACGGUUGUGUGUGUUAGGUUGCUUUGUGGUGUUGACUGCCCGUCGCCAGGCAAUUUGUUGAACAAAGAGAAAUAACAGAAAAUGAGUGCGCAAUCAUGUUUCGUCAGUUGUGGUAGCUCGGGGUACCCUCUGCUUGCUUGAGAGGGUAGAUGAAUAAACAUGACACGUUUGGUGGAUGGGUGGAGCAUGUGUGUAAGCGCAUUCAUUCCUUUGUC